UCAGAGCGAGCACCUCCGCACAGGAUAGAUAGAAGCGCGCGGGUGCGCGCGCCGCCGAGCGAGACUCCCCAGUCCGUCCGGGAGAGGAGGGGUCCGCUGGUGUCUCGCGCGCGCGCCCCCGCGAGAGAGGCGCCGCCGUUGCUGCUGCGGUGGCGGCUGUUGCUGUGCGAGGGGGCAGAGGCGCCGCCGCCGCCGCCUGUGGAGCUCGUUUGGUUGUAAGCAAACGGCAACAGCAUCUCCUCUGCUGGGAGGAAACUGAGGCACAGCCCCACUCAGCGGAAAGUUCAGGACAGUCGAAGAAACGAGGAGGGCCUGAGCGGGCGGUUAGGGGCUAGCGGUGGGUUCUCGUCCCCCCUCCCCCGAUACCUAUUGUAAUGCAUCUGUGGGGGCGGCUUUAGCUACCUUGCUGCAUCUGUACCUGCUGACUUGCUCAGGCUUUGGACUACUGAUAAUUGGACACUUUUAAAAGCCGCUUGUUCUGGAGGGGGCAAGUGGAUCAUUCUUUCCUCACCACUAACAGUUAUUUUGCACCCCAAGAUGGGCUGCACCCUAAGCGCCGAGGACAAGGCGGCGGUGGAGCGGAGUAAAAUGAUCGACAGGAACCUGAAGGAGGAUGGAGAGAAAGCGGCUAGGGAAGUGAAAUUGCUGCUCUUGGGAGCUGGUGAAUCAGGAAAAAGCACAAUUGUUAAACAAAUGAAGAUUAUCCAUGAAGCUGGUUAUUCAGAAGAAGAAUGUAAACAGUACAAAGCUGUUGUCUACAGUAAUACAAUUCAGUCUAUUAUUGCUAUCAUUAGAGCAAUGGGGAGGUUGAAGAUAGAUUUUGGGGAUUCCAUCAGGGCUGAUGAUGCUCGUCAACUCUUUGUUCUAGCUGGAGCAGCAGAGGAGGGCUUCAUGACAGCAGAACUUGCAGGAGUUAUCAAGAGAUUAUGGAAAGACAGUGGUGUUCAAGCUUGUUUCAAUAGAUCUAGAGAGUAUCAGCUUAAUGACUCAGCAGCAUACUACUUGAAUGACUUGGACAGGAUAGCCCAUGCUAGUUAUAUCCCAACACAGCAGGAUGUCCUCAGGACUAGAGUGAAAACUACAGGAAUAGUAGAAACGCAUUUUACUUUCAAAGAUCUCCAUUUUAAGAUGUUUGAUGUUGGGGGCCAAAGAUCAGAACGGAAAAAAUGGAUUCACUGCUUUGAGGGUGUUACAGCCAUAAUCUUUUGUGUGGCACUUAGUGAUUAUGACUUGGUUCUUGCUGAAGAUGAGGAAAUGAAUAGGAUGCAUGAAAGCAUGAAAUUAUUUGACAGCAUCUGCAACAAUAAGUGGUUUACAGACACUUCUAUUAUUCUCUUCUUAAAUAAGAAAGAUCUCUUUGAAGAAAAAAUCAAAAGGAGUCCUCUUACUAUUUGUUACCCUGAAUAUCCAGGUUCCAAUACAUAUGAAGAGGCAGCCGCAUAUAUUCAGUGUCAGUUUGAAGAUCUGAACAAGAGAAAAGACACAAAAGAAAUUUAUACUCAUUUCACUUGUGCCACCGAUACGAAGAAUGUGCAGUUUGUUUUUGAUGCUGUAACCGAUGUUAUCAUAAAAAAUAACCUGAAAGACUGUGGUCUAUUCUAAACAUUUAUAUCAAACUGUAAUUCAUCUUUUUUCCAUUAAUCAAAUGAGUCAUAGUGUUUGUUUUUUUUAAGACCAUGAAUAUGUUUAUUGUGUAUACUGACUUUUCUGGUAUUUGGUUAGGUUGAAGGAUCAGUUUAAAAAAUUCAGAUCUCCUGGUUUACAUAGUAAAGGAUGCAAACCAAUGACCAGACCAGUUCAGUAAUUGCUUCUUUAAACAAUUUUAUUUAUGUUUUUUGUAUAGAUUUAAGUAAUGUUGAGCAACAAUCAAAACAACUUGAUUGUGUGUUUAGUUGUGACUGUAUCUGUUUUGUUUCUAUAAGCAUUGAACAAAGUAUUUUAAUAACUUGAUGCAUCCUGUAGAGUUUCCAUGUUUUAAAGGCUGCUUUUUCCUAUAGGAAAAAUAUUUGCCUUUUUAAUUUUUCAUUAUUCAAAUGGCUUCUUUAAAAUGUUUCAAUAUUAUGCAUGUUGCCUUAAUUUUUUUCUUAGAUUUUAUUUAUAGAAUUCUCAUAUAGUAAGCUUUUUAUUACAUAAAGAAUUCUUAACACUUGCUCAGGAUUAAAUAGAAAAAGCCCCAGCAUUCUUUCCAGUUUCUGUUUUGUGUUACUAAAAUGGUAAGAGAAUCCAUUUUGAAUGUUCAAAAUUACAGUAAACAAACCAGUCUUACAUAUUUUAUUCUAUGCCAACUUAUUAAGAGUUAGAAAGUGGAAGAAAGCUAUGGCUGUGAUUCAGUGGGUAGAAGUGAUAUAUAUAUGAGAAAGUGCAUCCUUCUUCCAUAACUAAGAGCCUAACACUGAAAGCCCAGUUCAUGCAUGUCUACCUAAAUUAUGGCCCACUUUAUAGCUAUUUAAUAUUUAUUUGAGGUGUUAUUUUAGCUUGUAAGUAUCUCUGGUGUGACAUGCAAAGGGAAAAGUCUUGGAAUUGAAACAAAGGAGGUGAGGGAAGGAAGACUGGGAAUUUCAGACUACUUGCAGUUUUACCUCUGUAAAUUUUUUGUGUUUUCUUAGGGGAUUGGCCCAAACAUUUUUACUUUUGUUUCAUUAAACAUUAUUUCUGCCUUUUAAAUAUGAAGAAUUCUUACUCAGAUCAACAGACAUAAUAUCCCUUGUAAUCAAAAUACAUUUGCAAAUCAGGGUUUUUGGGACACCCUUUAGAAUGGAUUUGUCCACAGUGUAGUGGCUAGAAUCCAAAAAGUGUACAGCUAAAGCACUUCCACCCCCACCUCUCAUAUGGGGAGAACAGGUAGAUGCGGAAGUGGUAAAUUUUCUCCUUUAAUAGUAGGUUCCUUCUUGGGAGGUGUUGUUCAAGAGAUCCCCUGGCCUUCUGAGUCAUGUUAGACAGGCAUAAGAUGUUGCUGCUACAAAUAAACAUUGCACACAGAGCUUUGGAUCCUGGCCUGUGUUGCUUCAGUUGAAGGUUUCUCAUCAAUACUUUUAUUCCUGCUCCUGAAGAAUCAAACCACUUACUUUGCAGUGGCUUGCCUCUCCAAGAAAGAACUGCUGUGGGGGGGGGGGGGACCCAACUACUGGUAUGUAAAUCAGUGGUUACUGAUUACCACUUCAAAUUGCAGCUCUGUUUUGCAUUACUGUAUGGUAGUGCCAAUAAAGAUUUAAAAAUUACGUAUGAACAUGAAAUAAGAACUUUAGUUUUUCCGAUCAUUCUAUCAACUAAAAUAUGAACAACCAAAUUUUCAAAUACUACUUUAGGUUGGUAGGAUACAGCACUUCCUAGAGUGCAUGUAUUACCAGUCUUUGAGUUGCCUUUUCCAGAGGAAAGAAAAAUCCUUGGAACAUAGUGUUCACUGUUACAUAUGGGCAAAAUGUUUCCAAACAGAACAAGGUCCCAAGUACUUCUCAGUCUAAAUUGCUACAUUGUCAUGAACUUCCUACUCUAGCCAUGUUCCAAUAUUCUAAGAAAUUAUCAGUAUUAAUCUCAUUUACAUCCUCCUCAUAGGAAAUUCAGGGCAGUGUACAUGUGCUUUUCUAAGGAAAAUAAUGACAAGUGCAGACUGGUGGAACAAGUCUAAAUUGUCUCCAUUUAAAGUAUUAGUACCAGAAAAUAGUUUGUGUAUUCUGGAACACUUAGAGUUGUGCAUAUAAGGUUCAUAUUAUUCUGUAAACUGAAGUAUUUGGUAGUAAUUGUAUCAAAUCCUUAAAAUUAAAUUUUGUACAUUACUGCAGUUUUUUUAAGCAAGAAAAUUAAACUAAAAGAAGAUUUCAAUCUUAAGUUAUUGUGCCUUGUCUGAAAGAAAUAUUUUUUCAUUAAAAUCAACUGAUGGAAUGCCUUCUGUAACCAUAAGUGAAGUGCAAACAAAAAUAAAGUUUGAGUAAAUUCAAACACUUAUGUGGAAAUACAAA